AGUGAGUUUUAUAUCAACUUCUCUAAGUUCUUUACAGAAAGAAAAAAAUUAAAAACAAAUUCUUUGAUUACAAAUUUGUAGCAAUGGCUGCAUCUUUCUCCGGCCCUUCAAUGAUAAUGGAAGAAGAAGGAAGAUUUGAAGCAGAAGUAGCAGAGGUGCAAGCAUGGUGGAACUCAGAGAGGUUCAAGCUAACCAAGAGACCCUACACAGCCAGAGAUGUCGUUUCAUUACGAGGCAAUCUCAAACAAUCCUACGCCUCGAACGAACUAGCUAAAAAACUAUGGAUCACUCUCAAAAACCACCAAGCUAACGGCACUGCCUCAAGAACCUUCGGUGCACUCGACCCCGUUCAAGUCACCAUGAUGGCUAAACAUUUAGACACCAUUUACGUCUCGGGUUGGCAAUGCUCGUCGACUCACACGAGCACCAACGAGCCAGGUCCUGAUCUUGCUGACUACCCUUAUGACACUGUCCCUAACAAAGUUGAGCAUCUGUUUUUCGCUCAGCAGUAUCAUGAUAGGAAGCAACGGGAGGCUAGAAUGAGCAUGAGCCGCGAAGAACGUGCGCGAACGCCUUAUGUUGAUUAUCUUAAGCCUAUUAUUGCUGAUGGAGAUACUGGAUUUGGUGGCACUACUGCUACUGUCAAGCUUUGUAAGUUGUUCGUGGAGCGCGGAGCUGCGGGUGUUCAUAUUGAGGAUCAGUCGUCUGUUACUAAGAAAUGCGGGCAUAUGGCUGGAAAAGUGCUUGUGGCUAUUAGUGAGCAUAUCAAUAGGCUUGUUGCUGCGAGGCUGCAGUUUGAUGUUAUGGGCACUGAGACACUUCUGGUUGCGAGAACUGAUGCUGAGGCUGCGACUUUGAUCCAAAGUAAUGUCGAUACGAGGGAUCAUCAGUUCAUUUUGGGGGUUACUAACCCGAAUCUUCGAGGGAAAAGCUUGGCUACUCUUAUGGCUGAGGGAAUGGCUAAUGGCAAAACCGGAGCUGAACUUCAAGCUGUAGAGGAUAACUGGCUUGCAAUGGCGAACCUCAAGACGUUCUCUGAAUGCGUGAUGGAUGCGAUUAAGAAUGCGAAUAUGUUCGGAGAAGAUGAGAAGAGGAGGCGAAUGAACGAGUGGAUGAACCUUUCGAGCUACGACAAGUGUCUUUCUUUAGAGGAAGGGAGGGAGAUUGCUGAUAGAAUGGGGCUUAAGAAUCUGUUCUGGGACUGGGAUUUGGCCAGAACAAGAGAAGGGUUCUACAGAUUUAAAGGCUCCGUAAUGGCGGCUGUUGUUCGCGGGAGGGCUUUCGCUCCUCAUGCUGAUCUUAUUUGGAUGGAGACUGCUAAACCAGACUUUGAAGAAUGCACCACAUUCUCCCAAGGUGUGAAAUCGGUUCAUCCGGAGAUGAUGUUAGCUUAUAAUCUGUCUCCGUCUUUCAACUGGGACGCCUCAAGAAUGAACGAUGAACAAAUGAGAGAUUUUAUUCCGAGGAUUGCGCGAUUGGGAUUCUGCUGGCAGUUCAUAACACUAGCAGGGUUCCAUGCUGAUGCGCUGGUGAUCGAUACAUUUGCGAAAGACUAUGCGAAGAGAGGAAUGCUGGCUUAUGUGGAGAGGAUUCAGAGAGAGGAGAGAAAGCAUGGAGUGGACACUCUGGCUCAUCAGAAAUGGUCCGGUGCUAACUACUACGAUCGGUAUCUCAAGACUGUCCAGGGUGGUAUCGCUUCCACCGCUGCCAUGGGCAAAGGAGUGACAGAGGAGCAGUUCAAAGAAACAUGGACCAGGCCGGGGGCUAUGGGAGUGAGCACGGGAGGUAGCGAGGUGAUGGCCAAGUCGAGGAUGUAGAAGAUGGACCAAUUUGUAAUGCGUAUUCGCAGUUCCUGCAUUACGGAACUGUGGUGAAUAAUUUGCACUAAUAAUUUAUUAUGCAAUGAGGCUAUACUGGGAUUUUUAUAUCAUGACAAUAGCCACCUUGUUGUUGUUGCUGCUAUUAUUCCUAGAAGUGGAACCUGUUAUUUGUUCUGUAAUUUGGUUUAUAUUUCAUGUCUUUGCAAUACAACCAAACUGUUUGUUAA